AUGUCGCUCCCCAAAACAUGGGAGCUUGCAGAACUCAGUGACCAAAAGCUGCUUGAGUUUUGCCAUAGCCCAGUCAACAAGAAAGAUAUUAUCGCCGAAGAUGGAGGCCGCCUGGUUAUCCGUAUUUCUGAGUCUACCGUCGUCAAAUAUGGCAGCGGGGUCACCCUGGCAGAAGCAAUGACACAGGAGUUUGCGCGACGCAGCGCUGAUAUCACCAUCAUUCACAUUCCUCAAGUCUAUCGAUUCGUGACCAGUGGUGCGACCUGGUCUUCAGAAGAAAGGGGAUACAUUUUCAUGGAAUAUGUGCCCGGCCAAUCCAUGGACAAUGUCGACCUGAGCAUUCACCCUCGUCUAGUGUCGCGAAUCGCAUCAGCCAUCGGCCACUUGAGCCAAAUCCAAGGCGAAAAUGUACCAGGAUCGAUCGGUGGCAGGCAUUUGAACGCAUUCAUGUUCGGCGAUUUCAGUCCAGAGACACGCUUCUUUUCGAUCCAAGACAUGAACGGCUACAUGAAUAGAGCUCUCGCCGCUGAAGGCGAGUCCGUUGACAUGACAUCCUACCCGCUUGUCCUAUGCCACAUGGAUCUUGCCCUACGGAACAUGAUUCUCCACGAAGAUAAUUUCACCAUCUCUCUUAUCGACUGGGAAUACGCAGGGUUCUAUCCGCGCUGCUUCGAAGUGUCUAUGAUUUCAUGGACCAUACCGGGCGAUGGAUAUUUCGUUCCUCGUUUUCUGGAAGAACUCAACGCUCUUGCGCCUUUGACUGAUGAAGAAACUCGGCUUAUCAGAUGUAUUGCUCGUGUUCGGGACUUGAGCCGCAGAGAGCUUAUGUGUGCUGAGAAGUUUCGGGGCAAGCUUGGGCAGUUAAGGCAGUGUUGA